AUGGCGCAACAUCACUUGCACACCGACGUGAUCCCCGGUACCGUGCACUUGGUCGAUCUGGCCGGUAACCUCCGGGUCAAGCAUCAAGAGGGCGGCGACAAGGAGAUUGUCCUGUUGCCCCAACCCACCUCCGAAUAUGAUGACCCUCUCAACUGGUCUCGAAGGCGCAAGCUGGUCUCCGCGACACUCUGCCUGGUGGCCGUCUUCUCGGCCGAUAUCAUGACCACGCUCCUCUCGGCCGCCCUCCUCAACAUCGAGACCGACACCGGCAUUCCCCUCGCCACGCUCAACCAGGGCGUGGGCGUGCAAUACCUCAUGUUCGGCUGGAGCAACUUGUUCUGGCAGCCUCUCGGCCUGAACAUCGGCCGGCGCCCUACCCUCCUGAUUGGGGCUUUGGGGAUGCUCGCCUGCUCGGUGUGGACAUCGUACGUGACCUCCUCGGGCGAAUGGUACGCCAACCGGUUCCUGAUCGGCGUCUUCUACGGGCCGAUCGAGACUCUGAUCGAGGUCUGCAUCUCCGACGUCUUCUUCGCCCACGACAGAGGGUUCUGGGUGGGCAUGUACUGCUGGAUGCUGUUUGGGAUUCCCUUUCUCGGUGCCGUGCCGGCCGGGUUUGUGGCAGAAAAUCUCGGCUGGCAAUGGAUCCAGUUCAUCGCGUCCAUCAUCUCGGCGGGAUGUAUUCUGGCCAUGUUUUUCCUGUUGGAGGAGACCAUGUUCUACCGCCCGCCUGUGCAGGAGGAAGCCAUGGACGUCGACCAGGAUGCCAGCUCGACCGACGACCAGACCGGAUCCACCACCCCUAUCCCCGCGAGCGGCGGUGAUGUUGUUGACGAGAAGCGUGGCGGAGCCGCGGUGAAAUCCCCCAUGCGGGCCGAACUGGGCGAAAUAGGCAGCCACCGGAAGUCGUUCCUGGAGAAACUCAAGUUCUGGGGCGCCCGUCGGCCCGGCCAACCGAAUAACUUCGUCCGCUCGGUCUGGAUGCCGUUCGCGCUCCUGCAAUUCCCCGUGGUCGCCUUCUCGGGACUGCUCGUGGGAUCGAUCUUGUCAUGGUUUAACGUGACCAACGGGACCAUCGCGCUGGUGUUGGCCGCGCCGCCAUAUAAUUUCUCGACGGAGAUGAUCGGUGUCAUGUUCAUCGCCCCCUUCAUCGGAUGCACCAUCGGCUGCCUGUUCGCGGGCGUGUCGGCGAACCGCUUCGCCGUGUGGAUGGCGCGCAAACGAGGCGGCAUCUUCGAACCGGAAUAUCGCCUCUGGAUGGCGGCGGUGCCCGUGAUCCUCCAUCCCGCCGGGUGUAUCUUGUUCGGCGUCGGCGCACACCACGGCGUGCACUGGGUGGGGCUGGCGUUCGGGUUGGCGUUCAUUGUGGGCACGUUCCCCAUCGGCAGUGCCAUUGCCAUCAACUACAUCAUCGAUUCGUACAAGGAGGUUUCCGGCGACGGGUUGGUCACGAUGAUCUGUAUCCGAAACUCGAUGGGAUUCGGGUUCAGCUAUGCCGUGACACCGUGGAUCCAGGCCUCGGGCGUCCAGAACACGUAUAUCGCCAUUGGCUUUAUCGGCAUGUUCUUCUGGGCCUUGUGUUUCUUGUUCAUCGCCAUCGGGAAGAAGACAAGGAAGAACACGGCAAAGAACUUCUGGGCAAUGGUGGAGAAACACGGGUUGACUGCUCAUUAG